AUGGCAGAAAGACACAAGCCGCUAGCAAUUACUUCAGUGGAGGCGCAGACUGCAGCCCAAAUGAUUACGCCGCAAAGGAUUUCCAGUAUCUUGGAGACAAAUGGACCCAUGGCAAUUAGAUUUAUUACGCAACGAUUAUCGGAAGAUGUACCUUAUUUCAAGGAUUUAUCCACUUCAAAACAGAGACGUUUGAUAAUGCAUUGCAUGGAAUUGGGUGACGAGCCCAAUUCUAUGAUAUUCGAGAAGAUUGGUUGGGGUCAAUGGUCAAUAAAGAAAGUGAACCCUGAAGAUUUUUCACGAGAACGUAGUGAAAUGAACAAGUUGAACUUGAAAGUAAGAGAUAGCGGAGUGGAACAUGAGACUAGGAAGAAGGGCAACACGGUGAGUAAGAAAAAGACGCUACAUUCUCCGUCACAUUCUCCCUUGCAGCGGCCAGUUGUGCCCCACGUCAUUUACAUUGACGAAAAUGCACUUGCCUCAGAUGGUGAAUCCGAGUACGAAUCUGAUUUGGAAGACGAUAUACAUCAAGUCAAGAAUGAAUCUAAUGGUAUCUACACGUUCAAUAGAAGAAAAUCGAGUGUUGUCUACGAUGAGGCCUCUUCUCAGUUUCUCGAAAAGGGAUUGAUAGCUGAAAAGAUGAGACCCUUGAUGAAAAAUCGAAGUCGUCGUUCAAGUUCUAAGACCAGAACAAGACUGCCCAGGAUUAUAUACAACGAUAAGCAACCUGUGGCCAUCAAUGACUCAGACAUUGUUUCUACCAAGGAAUCACGGUCUUUCAGUGAGCCGAUUUCUAGAAGAUCAUCAUCAGGGUUGUCAUUUACCAAAGAAUCCGGCAUACGUUCCACAUUGUUUUCGGACCAUUCUGUCAAUAACAGCAACAAUGGAGCCAUUUUCAGAUCCCCACAGAUUGUCUACCAAAAUUUAGACCUAUCCAUGUCAGAUAACGAAAUGAAACCAGCUGUCGUUACAACACCCUCGGACACCGAAGACGAAGACUGGGAAGACAUGGGACCAGCUCAACUGAGACGACAACAGGAUCUACAGGUCACUGACGCUGCCAAUGCCCUGCUGAGUCUCAACCAUUCAACUAACAAUAAUAACGCUGGCAAUAAUAACCGAUAA